AUACAUGAGUAUUAAUAAGGUGUAUAGUGUUGAGCACAAUUCUCCUUUUUUUUCAUUUAAUUAAACAUUUUAAGAAUUAUUUACUUAAUUUUUAAUCUUUUGCAUAAUUAAUUACGAUUUGAUAAUGGUAAAAGAAAUUACAGCCAUGAUUAAAGAUGCUGAUAUGAAUCGUGCUAUGCAAGAAGAUGCUGUUUAUAUCGCUGCUAAUGCAAUCGAUGAACAUGAUAGUGAACAAGAAAUUGCACGUUAUAUUAAAACAGAAUUUGAUCAUAAACAUCAACCAUAUUGGCAUUGUAUAGUUGGUGGAACAUUUUCAAGUUCCUUAUUGUAGUGAACUACCUUUCUCUUAGUUAUUCAGUUUUGUAUCGCAUGAAGCAAAUAAGUUUAUAUACUUUUUCUUGGAAAUCGUUCAAUCCUUUUAUAUAAAUCAAUCUAAUUUGAUAUGAUAUUGUUAUCAAUGAUUUAUUGAAAAGAAGCUUUUUUCAACUUAUCAUCAUCAUUAUCGUCUUCGUGAUAAAUAUCUCAUAUCAAUGAUAAAAUUUUGUCAUGACACAAUAUGAAUAUACAGUAAGUUUUAAAUGAAGUUGAAAUGAAACAGACUAGCAAAUAAACAAGCAUGAAAUCAAUUUAUAUUGUAAAGUUUUCUUGUUGCUAUAUUGAAGUACAUUUCUUUGUAUUGUUCUUUUAUAUAUAAAAAAAAAUUAACAACAAUAAUUUUACUGACGAAAUACACCCUAUUUAUUCAUGAAUAAGAACAAGAUAUAUAUCAAUGAUGAAUAGAAAGGAGGAGAAGUAUUUCUUUUCAACAACUUCAUUAUGUCAAGC